GGCGCCGAAGAUGGCGGCGGCUCCGGUGGCUCCGGUGGCUCCGGCCCCUCCGGCCGCUCCGGCCGCUCCGGCCGCGGGGCCGCGCCGCUUCUCGCUGCUCGCCAUCGUGGGCGGCGGCUGCCACCGGCCCGGCCUCAGGGCCGCCGCCCUGCAGCAGCUGGAGCGAGGGAUCCGCUCGUGGGACAUCGACCUCACCUCCUGCAACCUGGACGAGCAGCUGAAGCUCUUCGUGUCCCGGCAUUCUGCCACGUUUUCCAGCAUCGUGAAAGGUCAGCGGACCCUCCACCACCGCGGGGAUGUGCUGGAGACCCUGGUGCUGCUCAACCCUUCCGACAAAUCCCUGUGCGACGAGCUGCGGAACCUGAUCACGGACGUGUCGCAGCACAAGCUGCUGGUGUUCGCGGGGCCCUGCGUGGAGGACACCGGGGAGCUGAUGCUGCAGACCGGCUGCUUCUCCCUGCGGGAUUUCAUCCAGAUCUUCACGGAUAAGGAGGUGGGGGACAUCCUGAGCUCUGCGGACCCCUCGGCCAAGGCCAGGCUGACCAUCAGCUGCCCGGAUUUCGGGGAGUGGCGGGACUCGGGCUUGGAGCACCACAACCUGCAGGACUUCAUCGAGCUGCGCUACAACCCCGGCUGCGUCCUGCCGGAGAUGGAGGGGCUGGAGGAGUUCAAGGAGUACCUGUCGGAGUCUCUGGAACCCCAGUCCCCCUUCGACCUCCUGGAGCCCCCCACCAUGGUGGGAUUCCUGAAGCUCUCCAAGCCUUGCUGCUACAUCUUCCCGGGCGGGAGAGGGGACUCGGCUUUCUUCGCCGUCAACGGCUUCAACGUUUUGGUCAACGGCGGCUCCAACCCCAAAUCCUCUUUCUGGAAGCUGGUGCGGCACCUGGACCGCAUCGACUCCAUCCUGGUGACGCACGCGGGCACGGACAGCCUGCCUGGCAUCAACAGCCUGCUCCAGAGGAAGCUGGCCGAGCUGGAGGAGGACCCUUCCCAGAGCUCCCAGGGCAACGGCGACUGGGCCAAGAACCUCAUCUCGCCGGAGCUGGGCGUCGUCUUCCUCAACGCCUCCGAGAAGCUGAAGGACAUCGAGGGCGACUCGCGGGUGCUGAAGAGCUGCGACGAGGCCGCGCUGACCCUGCACUACCUGGAGAAGUUGGGCAUCCGGCCCAACCUGCUGGCCCGGAUAGCGGCCCCCCGCGCCGAGCCCACCGUGCUCUUCCAGAAGAUGGGCGUGGGCCGGCUGGACAUGUACGUGCUCAACCCCGUGAAGGGCACCAAGGAGCUGGAGUUCCUCCUGCAGCAGUGGUCGGGGAACGGCUUCCCCAAGGAGCAGGAGCUGCCCCUGCAGUGCCUGACCUCGGUGUGCGUCCUGCUCGUGUGGCACCCCGUGAGCCGCUCCGAGAAGAUCAUCCGGGUGCUGUUCCCCGGCUGCACGCCCCAGGCUCGGAUCCUGGAAGGGUUGGAGAAGGUGAAGCACCUGGAGUUCCUCAAGUACCCCGUGGUCACCAAGAAUGACCUGAAGGGGACGGCGCCAGUGGAGAAGCCGCUGAAGCAGAGGAGGGCGGAGAGCAAGGAGAGCCUCAAGUCGGGCUCUAAGCUCAGCUUGGUGGAGGCCGGGGCGCCGGCGCCGAAGGAGAAGGCUCUGAAGGUGGAGAAGAAGGAGGUGAAGCCUGGUGGGACCAAGGAGAAGCCGAAAUCCCUGGGGGAUGCGGCCAGAACGGGGUCGGAAGAGGAGAAAGCCAAGGAUGGCCGAGCGAAGCCGGACUCGGCGGCCGAGAAGGCGAAGGGGGACGCGAAGCUGAAGCUGAGCAAGGAGAAGGCGGCGCCCAAGAAGGAGCCGACUGCCAGGAAGGAGGAGAAGAAGCCACCGAAGAAGGACGAGGGGGCCGAGGCGAAGGCGGAGCCCAAGAAGGAGGUGAAGGUGGUGAAGAAGGAGGCGAAGGCCGAGACGCUGCGGAAGGACUCAAAGGACAGCAAGGCCGAGGCCAAGGCUCCGGCCAAGGCUCCGGCCCGGAAGACGCCGGUUCCGGAGAGCCGCAAAGCCCCGGCCAAGGCCGGCAGCAUCAAGAAGACCCCGCUCAAGAAGGAGCCGGAGAAAACCAAGGCUAAAACCCCCCGGAAGGAAGCGGGGACGUCGGACGGCUCCAAAUCCUCCUCCCCCGAGGAGAUGCUGCCGGAGGCCGAGCGGGAGGGCGGGAGGAGGAGGAAGGAAGAAUCCACGGAUGAAGGCAUCGCCACGGCCGACAGCGAGCUGGAGCCUUUAUCCUUGGAGAACGGGGGGAACCGGCGUCCGGGGGUCCCGGGGGAUCCGUCCUGCCUGGAGAACGGCCUGGAAGAGCCCGACAGCCCCCAGCGGCUGCGCUACGUGGAGAGCAGCCCCCUGCGAGCCGUGUGCCCCUCGUCACCCAUGGCCAAGACCCCCAAGAGCGACCGCAGCGUCAACUUCGACCUGACGCCCACCGGGCUGCUCAACCACGGCCCCGAGGGCGCCGAGGAUCCCUGCGGCAGCUCCGAGGAGAAGACCCUGGAGAUGAUGUCUCCGGCCAGCUCGGGGCCGGCCAGUGCUGGCCACACACCUUUCCACCAGUCGCCGGUGGAGGACGGCGCGGAGGAGCCGGGCAGCGGCGCUGGCCGGCAGCAGAACGCGUGGCCGGCGGCCGGAGGGGGCAAGGCCGCGCAGGACGGCUCCGUGCCGGACAAGCAGGCGGGGUGCCUGUCCCUCAGCCCCUUCAAGGAUGACGUCCCCGACGUGUCCCCCACCAUCACCACGCCCUCGCUGCCGGCCGAGGUGGGCUCCCCGCACUCCACCGAGGUGGACGAGUCGCUCUCGGUGUCCUUCGAGCAGGUGCUGCCGCCGGUCAGCGAGUCCCCGCCGGACGAGGGCCGGCGCUCCCGCGGCUCCGGGGACGCGCCCGAGCCCGAGGCCACCAAAGGGGGGCUGUCGCUGCCGCUGCGGCCGUGCCACCACCCGCCCUGGGCCGACGGGGACGCCGCGCCGCGGCCUGGCCGCCGCUCGGACUCGCCCCACGACGUGGACCUGUGCCUGGUGUCCCCCUGCGAGUUCGAGCACCCCAAGUCCGAGCGGUCGCCCUCGGCUGCCGCCAGCCCGCGGGAGCUGUCGGACAGCGACCCAUCACAGGAGCUGGUGCCACCCCGGGGCCGGCCAGGCGAGACCCCCCCCACGUCGGUCAGCGAGUCGCUGCCCACCCUCUCCGACUCUGACGUCCCUCCGGCCACCGAGGACUGCCCGUCCAUCCUGGCCGACGGGCUGGAGUCGGACGAGGACUCGGAGCGGCCGCCCCGCGGCGUGGCCAGAGCGUGUGACCCGCUGCCAGCCCCCCUGAAGACCCCUGUCCCCCUCCCCGCCCAGCCCGGAAUCUGCAUGGUGGACCCCGAGGCGCUGCCCCCCGGCCGGAAGGAGCCCCCCGGUGCCAGGGUGAAGAGGACCCCAUCCCGCGUGGGCUCGGCGCCCGCCGCCCCCAAGGCCGAGCCCCCGCGCGCCCCCGCCUCGGCCACCAAGGCCAGGCCUCCCGCCAGCGCCGCCGGGGACAAGGACAAGGCCAGGCUGCCCCUUGGGGACAAGAAGGGCCCGUCCAGCGGGGACCCCCGUGCCCCCGGCAGCGCCCGCGGCGCCGGAGCCCGGCCGGUGGCCGGAGCGGGCCGGGCAUCACCGGCAGGCACAAGGGCUGCAGCCCCCCAGGGACCCCCUGUCUACGUGGACCUGGCGUAUCUGCCCGGCUCCUGGAGCGCCCGCACGGUGGACGAGGAGUUCUUCCGGCGGAUCCGCUCCCUCUGCUACGUGGUCAGCGGCGAUGACCACCUGAAGGAGGGGGUCCUGCGGCCGCUGCUCGAUGCCCUCCUCACGGGCAAGCACCAGUGGGGCAUCGACAUCCAGGUGACUUUGAUCCCGACCUUCGACUCGCUGGUGAUGCACGAGUGGUACCAGGAGACGCACGAGCGGCAGCAGGAGCUGGGCAUCACCGUGCUGGGCAGCAACAGCACCGUGGCCAUGCAGGACGAGACCUUCCCCGCCUGCAAGGUGGAGUUCUGAGCUGGCACGGGGGGCACACGGCGUGGUUGCCACCCCCACCCUCCUCCCCGAGCCCCCCACCACCACUCACCACCCCUCUCUGAGCCCCCUCCCCACGGAGCUCGGAGGGGAGGGACGGGGGGACGGCAGUGGGGGGAAGGUGGGGUCGUGUCCCGCUGCCCACUCCACGCCACCUCCACCGCCACCCCCCUGCAUGCCCACGCCAGCCACGCUCUGCACCCGCUGCCAGCCCGGGGAGGGGGACGAGGGACCAGCUGGGCAUGGGAGGGGGUGGCAGAGUGUGGCCCCCACCCCAGCCAGCGGCGGUGCUGAGCCGUCCCCACCCACGGGCAGCUCGAUGGAACAGGGUAAAUUUUGGUGUUUUGUGGUUGUUUUUUUUUUUUUUUUCUCCCCUCUCCCCACCAUUCCCUGGACGAGCCCCAGUUUUUCCCCUCCAUCCCAAAUAACCACAGUGCUCAAAGUUUGGGGGGGGGGGGGGGAGGGGCUGGGUCUCUUUUUAGAGAGGGGGGGGCACAAAGCUUGGACAACCUCGGGGGUCCCAUCCCUGAGGGGGGUGGGAUUUGGGGGGGGCUGCUGCUGCUCUGGGGUUGUCCUUGGUGUUUUGACCCCUCCCUCCCCAAAAAGCCCUCCCAAAACGGUUGUAGCCCCCUCCCCCAAAAUUGAUUGUACCCCCCCCCCUUCACGUGCAGCAUCCUCCCCCCCCCAGGCUGAGACCUGCCCAGCUCGCUGCACUGAUGGCCCCUCCCUCUCCCUACAUUUUGGGGUGAGGGGGCUGAAGGAAGGCACCACCCCCCCCUGCAGCCCCUCAUUUUUUUGGGGGGGGGUGGGGAGGAGGGAGUGGAAAGCAGCCCCCUCCCCAUCCACCCCCACCCCCGUGAGUUGCUGGAAGCUGUUCAAAACCAAACGUCACGUGCAAUUUUUAAGGGGUUUUUAGGAGCGGAGAGCUCGAAAAAGGGGGGGGAUCAGGGUGGGGCUGGUGGGGGAGGGGGGGGGACACAGGAUGUGACCCUCCCCCCCCCGCAAAAUCCCCCCUCCCCAAAUUCUCCCCCUCGGGACAAACACUAACCCGUUUUGUAGGAGGCUCCUCAAUGGCUCUUUUUUUGUAAUGACUUUUUAAGAUAAAAAAAAAGCCAACAACAAAAAAAAAAAGAAAAAAAAAAAAAGAAAAACCGACAAAAAUCGUGAAAACUGAAGAAACCAAACCUUUUUUUUGGGGGGGGGAGGGGGGAGAGGGAAUUUAUUUAUCUUUACACCCUUCCCCCCCCCCUCCCAUAAAUGCCCGUGGGGGCUUUUACCGUCGAUUGUAUCGUCCUACGUGUUCGGGGAGGGGGGCACUGAAUGUUUCACCUUUAGUGCUUUGAAUCUUUUUUUUCUCCUCAGCUGGAAGGUUUGGAAGUUGGGGGGGCGUUUUUUUGGUGGGUGGGUGGGGUGACUGUGACCUCUCCCCCCACCCCAAAAACCCAGCCCCUGCCCGUGGCCAGCGGCACACGCUCCCCGUCUUGCACGCCACGUUCCCGUUUGGCAAAUGUGUGGAAAACGAGCAUUAAAGAGGAUCAUUCCCAGUGGA